GAACCGAGCACUAACUCUGGGAUGAACAUCCUUCAUCUCGUCAGCGAGCCCACGGCGGCGAUCGCGCAUGGCCUGAACACGAAGAUCGAGAAAGAAAUCCUGGUGUUCAACCCCAUCGAGGGCAAGGCCGACGAGGAGUUACGCGAGUUGAUCACGAAGGAGCUCCCCGACAUCAAUUACAAGUCCGAGCGCGAGAAGUGCGCCCAGUGCGCGUGGGACGCGGAGGCGGCUAAGCGCCCGCAGGAGCCAAUGACGCUGCCGAGCCCGUCGGUCAUCGUGAAGCCCUUCUGCGAGACGGACAUCGAGAGCGCGCGCGACGCGGCGGUGGCCAAGUGCCCGCACGAGCUGAAGACGCUGGCGAGUUCGACGCCAAUCGAGAAGCUCAUCUGCGAGGCCGCGUUGCAGAAUCUGAUCGAGGGCAAGGCCGUUGAGGAGAUCCGCCAGGUGUCUGGCGCCGAGGCCCCUCUCGAG